AUGGUUGGAUACGAUACGUCUGCUACAACCUUGUCGGCAGUUUUCUACCACCUACUUCGUGAACCGAACUAUUACCAUAAAGUUCAAGUAGAGGUUAGAGACACAUACUCGGCGCUUAGCGAUAUUUCCGCGUCAAGUGUGCUUCGUCUGCCCUAUUUAAAUGCCUGCAUUCAAGAGACCCUUCGUCUGCUGCCGCCUAUUAACGGUCGAGGUUCGCACCGGAUUUCACCUGGAGCCAUGAUUGACGGCCUUUACGUGCCAAAAGGCGUCAACGUCUCUGCUGAUAUCUGGACAAUUCAGCGACGGCCCGACUAUUGGGCCUUGGCCGAUAAGUUCCGUCCUGAUGUUACGACCCGUUGGACAUGGUCGCCAACACGACCCCGCCUGGAUCCCGGCGGCUAA